AGGGAGAGAGAGAGAAGGCAAAUGUUCCCCCAGCUGUUUCCUGUCUACAGUGUCUGUGUUUUGUAGAUAAAUGUGAGGAUUUUCUCUAAAUCCCUCUUCUGUUUGCUAAAUCUCACUGUCACUGCUAAAUUCAGAGCAGAUAGAGCCUGCGCAAUGGAAUAAAGUCCUCAAAAUUGAAAUGUGACAUUGCUCUCAACAUCUCCCAUCUCUCUGGAUUUCUUUUUGCCUCAUUAUUCCUGCUAACCAAUUCAUUUCCAGACUUUGCACUUCAGAAGCAAUGGGAAAAAUCAGCAGUCUUCCAACCCAAUUAUUUAAGUGCUGCUUUUGUGAUUUCUUGAAGGUCAAGAUGCACAGCGUGUCCUCCUCACACCUCUUCUACCUGGCCCUGUGCUUGCUCACCUUCACCAGCUCCGCCACGGCUGGACCGGAGACACUCUGCGGGGCUGAGCUGGUGGACGCUCUUCAGUUCGUGUGUGGAGACAGGGGCUUUUAUUUCAACAAGCCCACGGGGUACGGGUCCAGCAGUCGGAGGACGCCCCAGACAGGCAUCGUGGAUGAGUGCUGCUUCCGGAGCUGUGACCUGAGAAGGCUGGAGAUGUACUGCGCACCCCUCAAACCUGCCAAGGCGGCCCGCUCCGUCCGUGCCCAGCGUCACACCGACAUGCCCAAGGCUCAGAAGUAUCAGCCCCCAUCCACCAACAAGAAAACGAAGUCUCAGAGGAGAAGGAAAGGAAGUGCAUUUGAAGAACGCAAGUAGAGGGAGUGCAGGAAACAAGACCUACAGAAUGUAGGAAGACCUUUCUGAAGAGUGAAGAAUGACAUGCCACCGGCAGGACCCUUUGCUCUGCACGAGUUACCUGUUAAACACCAGAAGACCUACCAAAAAAUAAGAUUGAUAACAUUUCAAAAGAAAGAUGGGCAUUCCCCCCAAUGAAAUACGCAAGUAAACAUUCCAACCUUGUCUUUAGGAGUGAUUGUUAAAAGUUUUGCACCUUGCAAAAAUGGUCCUGGAGUUGGUAGAUUGCUGUUGAUCCUUUAUCAAUAAUGUUCUAUAGAGAAAAAAAUAUACAUAUGUAUAUAGAUAUAGGCAUCUAUAUACAUAUAUAUGUAUUAGUCCCUGCCUCUCAAAAGCCACAAAUGCAUGGGUAUUGUAGAGAUCCAGUUGCACUAAAUUUGUCUCUGAAUCUUGCCUGCUGGAGCCAUUCAUUCAGCAGCCUUGUAUGAGUGGUUUGUUAAUUUUUUUAUUUGCACUUCCUUCUACACAAUACAGGCUAUUGUUUAACAGUGUCUGAUAACCUUGUUUAUCUCUCCCACCACUGCCAUCCUCUCUCACCUCCAUCACUUUUAUAUUUGCCAAAUUUGGCCUCCUCCAUAGCAGUGGCAAGCAAAGUAGCACACCAGUUUUUAACCCACAAGACUCCAUCAUGGCAUUUGUACCAAAUAUAAGUAGGCCCAUUUAUUUUAGACACAAAGCUUUAUUUUUCCACAUCUUGCCAAAAAAAAAAAAAAAUGCAAAUAGUUGCAACUUUGAGGCCAAUCAUUUUCGGGCUUAUGUUUUAAGCACAGAAAGUCUCAAAUUCUCAAGGGUUCUUUCAAAUGAUGAGUUUUUGUGCAACCUGAUUAGUGACUUCUCUGUUUAUUUUUUCCAUAUAGAGCACUAUGUAAAUUUAGCAUACUACAGGAUAUAUCAAACAGUAUGUAAAAUUCUGUUUUUUAGUACAAUGGUGCUAUUUUGUAGUUUGUUAUAUGAAAGAGUCUGGUCAAAACGGUAAAAGGUGAAAGCAAAACAAAAGAGGAAGCCUGGAGCCAAAGAUGACACAGAGGGGAAGGUACUGAGAAUCCAUCCACUUGGGAAAGAAGGCUACGUUCCCCCAUGAUGCCUUUCAAGAGAAACUUAAGACAUGACGAUGUCUACAGGUGCAAAUUUGGUGAGUCCAGAGGAGUAGAAAAGGGGAAGGCUAGGAAUCUUCACAGUCCUGGUUUCUUUCUCUUGCUGAGGAAACAAACAUCUGCCAGCCUGGCCGUGGACUCACUACUGUGUGAUCUUGGGCAAGUCACUUCACCUCUCUGUGCCUCAGUUUCCUCAUCUGCAAAAUGGAGGCAAUAUGCCAUCUACCUACCUCAAAGGGGUGGUAUGAGGAUUAAAAAGAUGAAGUCUAGCUUUUUAUCCUGGGUUGCUAUGAGAGUUCAAGGUCAGAGCCCUUGAGUUGCUGAGAUGCAAAGGAGUUCUAUAAACACACCCUCCACAGCACAGCUACAGAACUGAUCAGUCAAAUGGCCCUGGCAUGCUAAUUCUUGUCAGAGCAGAUGCCCAACCAACUACCCAACUAACCCGCUGGUAAGAGUUAACAGGUCAACUCUCUUUUAAAACACUUUUGAAAGUAAGUCAGAAACAUUUGAUGUACAAUUUGAUUUUGAAUUCUGCCUUCAGAUUCAUGAAUACAAAGUAAAAAGAGAGAAAAGGCAGGAAUAAAGGAGGGGGAAAAAAGAUUUCUACACACAAGAGUGAUUAAAUUACACCAUUUGUUAGCACUGACCAACUCUUCCUGGCAGUUACUAGGAAUCUUGUAAUACUUCUUUUAAUAUUAUAAAUGAUAAUCUAUUCCUUUGAAAACACCUAUUCCUUCUGUAAGGUUAUCUUAAAAAAAAAAGUUCUAACUUUUAAAAUGCUGAAAUAAUAUCUAAUAAAAAGUCACAAAAUUACCUUCUUAAAUGAAUUUUACUCUUAUCUGGGCUGUAUAUACAUAAACAUAUUAUUUUUUUAAUUUUUUGUUAAAAUACACUUGACUAGAGUUGCUAGUUGAGCGGCAAAAUUUUCCCUCAUGUCCACUUGGGAGAGUGGUGUCUUGCCCUCUGCGGAUGAAGGGUCGUCUUACCCGUUCAAAUGACAAUUGAUAUCAAGAGCAGCCAGUGGUGAGAUGGGCUCAUGGUGGCCCUAAAAAUGCUUCCUGUCUCCAAAUCAAGAUUUUAUUAGAACAAUGAGUCACCCACCAUUCAGAUGAUUUUAUCUGCCUUCGCACCCCAGGCUUGAUUAUUUUAUACAAAUUUUAUCUCUUUCAUUCUUGGAAAGUGUAUAGGAAACAAAAGAAAAGCAAAAAUGACACCUUUAGCUUUCAUCCCACCGCCUCUCUUUAAGAUUCAGAGACCAGGGGGUUGGGGAAGAGCAACUUCCUGGAUCUACAAACACAGACAAAAGGAAGAUCUCAUUUAGUGGGGUACCCCUGCUCAGUCAUUAGGCAUUCUAUGUACAACAUUGAAUUGGGCCCCUUCAGCAUGCUCAAUGCUGUUCUAAUCCCUGUCUCCCAAAGGGGUUCUGUUGAAAGGAGAUAUUGGACCCCUCUGAUUUUUAUUUCUUUCUCCUGGUGAGUAUCUUUUAAAGUCACUGACUCCUUGCCACACUUUACAUGCAAUCUUCUACAGAUGCAGGAGUUCCAGAUGUUGUUGGAUAUGGUAACUCUAAGAGUGUCUAUGGCUUAUUUCAUUUACUUAAAAAUUCUACUCAUAGCCAAAAUGCCCCAGUAAGGAAAACUUCCAUAUGCAAAAUCACAUUGUCUUUCUUAACUUUUUCCAACACAUGAUCCCCAACUGGAUCAAUCAUAAAUCAACUAAUUAAAAAUUAACAAAUUAUACGAACCAACUAUCUUCUUUUCAAGUACAUUGAAACAAGAAAGCAAAUUGAUAUGCAUUCCAAAAUUCAGCUGACUCUUAUAGCAAAAUGAGCAGGAUUGACAAAAUGAUGCCUACAGCAAAAUGACCCAGGAUUGACAGCCAGGAGCAUCUGUAAGCUCACAACUUGAAACCUUAUAAGUUUUGCUUUAGAGUUUUAAAAUGAGGGUAUUUCAAAAUGUUUGUAAAAGAAGUGUAAAUAUUGGUAAGAAAGAGAUUUCAGCUCAUCAGCUUAUUUCCACCUGAACUGACAAUAUGGAAUAAUUCCCCAACUAAUAUCCUAAUAUUAUUUGAACAAUUUAAAAUGAGGGGACUUCACUGAAGGAGUGGAGUCCUAAUGCAUCUUUCUACCAGAAACAGCUCCUCUGGAUAUAAAGAAAACUCUCCCCAAACCCACCCUACACACACACAUACACACACACACACACACACACACACACACACACAGAGUCAAAUUCACACUCUUCUGAGAGUCCACCAGAAACUGAGAAAAAAAAUCACUUCUUUGAAAAAUCUUAUUAAAGAAAUAAAAAGCCUGGCCUCCCUUGAGAAUUCUUCCCCUCCGUAGAAUGUCAAUAUUUGUGUAGAUAAAACUAACUCAUGCACUGUGGCUUCAGAGCUUCUAUAACUAGGUUUUGCACUUGGGAGAACGCUUAAAAUGGAAGAUGUAGCACAUUUUGCUUUCCCAUUUAUUGUUUGGCCAGCUAUGCCAAUGUGGUGCUAUUGUUUCUUUAAGAAAGUACUUGACUAAAAAAAAAAAAAGAAAAAAAGAAAAAAAGAAAGCAUAGACAUAUUUUUUUAAAGUAUGAAAACAACAAAUCUAUAGAUAGAUGGCUUAAUAAAAUAGCAUUAGGUCUAGCCACCACUACCUUUCAACAUUUUAUCACUCACCAGUAGCAUCCUGUCCACCAAAUUAUGAGUUGGGGGGUGCAGGGGCAGAAGAUGGAAAUUUUUUUAACGUUUGAAGGUUGCAUUAAUUUGUUGGCUCUCAAACUCAGCAAAAUUAGCAAUAUAUUAUCUGAUCUGUACACCUUGAUCAAGAGCACGGAACAGCAAUGGAAAAAAAAAAAAAACUCAUCAGCAAAUGGCAGAAGAAAAAGAUCAUUACAUUACUGAUUUUUUGUGCUCUCUGCCCUAAGACAGAUAUUCAGCAAAUGGAGAAAAAAAAAAACAAAAAGGAAAAAAAUACACAGAUUCACCUGCUAAAAACAGCUUCUGCCACACCCUCCUUGAGUAAUUCUUUGGCAUUUACUGGUUUAUACAGAUAGUCUCCCUUCAUCUAAACAUCUCAAAGAGCAGAAGCUCUCAUAAAAAGCAAUCACUGAUCUCACUGGUAAAUGCUGAAAAGUAUUUCCUUAUGAGAUGGGGGUUAUCUACUGAUAAGGAAAGAGAAGAAUUUAUGAGAAAUUGUUGAAAGAGAUGGCUAACAAUCUGUGAAGAUAUUUUUGUUUUGUUCUUUGUUUUUUUUUUCCGUUUUUUACUUUAUACAGUCUUUAUGAAUAUCUUAAUGUUCAAAAAUGACUUGGUUCUUUCUUCUUUUUAUAUUGGAAUGAGGGAUGAUAAGUUAAAUCCACAUAGACUCUUUAAAACUAUAGGCUAGAUAGAAAUGUAUGUUUGACUUGUUGAAGCUAUAAUCAGACUAUUUAAAAUGUUUUUGCUAUUUUUAAUCUUAAAAGAUUGUACUAAUUUAUUAGAAACAGAUCCUGUUUGACUCUUGUGAUAAGAAAGAGAAUUCCCACUCAAAUCACCUGGACUUCCCCAUCAGGAUGUUUUCAAAAGACAAAUUUGAUUUUUACAUCAUUAUGUCAUCAUUUAUCUCAAAAUUUUAAAAUAGAAGAAUUGUGAUUCUUUAUGCCUCACUCCUGCAAUAAUCAAAAAUCCAGAAUCUGAGGGGGCAAAAAAAAAAAAAAAGAGGAAAAUUUUGUUGAUUCUUUGUUUUGGAUUUAUUUGUUUGUUUUCAAUGCUAGUGUUUAAUCAUAUAGUACAUAUUUGCUUAUCGCUAUUUUAAUAUCCUAAAAGACCUUCCUGUUAGGUAUUAGAAACUGAUACAUAGAAUACUUUUUUGUGUGUGAUUUAUAUUUAAAAAAAAUAAAGGAGAUGAAAAGAUUGUCUGAAGCUUUAAGUGCGUAUGGUACAGGAUAAAGAUAUCAAUUUAAAUACCCCAGUGGUGUCUGGAGUGAAAGAUUUUUUUUUUUUUUUUAAGGAAACCUCUCAUAGAUAAUACAGAGGUCCAGGGGAUUUUUGAAAUUGUCUUUCUUCCUCCCAGUCUCUAUUCAUUUAGUAUCUGGCUCAAAAUUUUACAUAGGACUGACCAAGCUGAAGCUCUAGAUAUGAGACCACUGUAAGGGCCAUUCACAUGUUUUCUCUUAAUUUAUGAGUCCACAUGAUGUUAACAUGGUCCCACUUUCUCCCCAUUCUUCAGCUGUCAUUGAUAUGGCCUUUCAAGGAAAAGAAUUUUAAUUUGAAAAAGAACACAAAAGUCCAAAUGUUACUGCCCAACUGAAAUUUGAGUUAAGAUGAAGAUAGUUUCUUUUACUUAACCCCGCUGAGACCUGUCACCUUCAAAACAACCUUUCACAAUCCUUAGAAUCUGUUUUUUUAUUAAUUGCCCAGGCUACUCUAUCCUAAAAUUAAAUAUUAUUCAUUCUCUUUUACCCAAAAUGCUCUGAUGUUAAAGUAGGAAAUUCUAAAAUCCCUCCCAAGACACCCACUUACCCUUCUCACCCACCCAUAGCAAAGUCACUUCUGUUAAUCCCUUAAUCUGAUUCUGUUUGGAUAUUUAUCUUGUACCUGCUGCUAAACACACUGCAAGAGGGAUUCUCAGACCUCAAGCCAGUCAUCUACUCACAUCUCUUAUCAUGUCUGUAUAUUAUUACAAUGUCUAUUCAUAAUAUCAAAAAACUUUCCAACAUCAUGCAGCUUGUAUUCAGUUUACAUAAAGGUCCCAAAGACUCUGUCUGAUGUCUCUUUGCUAAGAGUUAAUGAACUACAAGAAGUGGGAUUACAUCAUGUGUUUUGCUCUAUAUGUUUUCGUCGCACUUACAGGCCAAGUGUGACAAAGGAACUUACAGACACUGAAUUAAUUUUCCCUACCACUUUGAAAUCAGAAAAUAAUGAUUGGCCAUUCAUUAUGUCUUAGUUCAGAAGCAUAAUUUUUAUUAAAUUAACUCUGAUUGUAUUUGAAAUUAUUAUUCAAUCCAUUUAUGGCAGAGAAAUAUCAAUCCUAAUGACUUCUAAAAAUGUAACUAACUGAAUCAUUAUCUUACAUUUACUGUUUAAUAAGCAUAUUUUGAAAAUGUAUGGUUAAAGCAUCAUAA